AUGUUCCGCGAUGAUUACCUGGCCUCAACCGGGGUGGAUGUGCGAUUCCGCCUGACAUUCACAGGCAGCGGCGUGCAGGCGCGUGCUGUGAUCGACGGCCUUCCCGCUGAUCUUGUGGCCCUGGCCCUGCCCCUGGACGUUGAAAAGAUUGUUGACGCGGGCCUCAUCCGCCAGGACUGGACCAAGGCCUACCCCAACAACUCUGUCGUGUGCGAGACCACGGUGGCGCUGGUGACCCGCCAGGGAAACCCCUGGGGCAUUCGCGACUGGGGGGACCUGACACAGCCCGGCCUGCAGGUGGUCCUAGCCAACCCAAAAACUGCCGGUGUGGCACGCUGGAUUUUCCUGGCGCUGUGGGGGCACCGCAUGAAGAGGGGCGACGCUCCCGCCCUGGACUACGUCACAAAGGUGUUUGAUAAUGUGGUGGUGCAGCCGCGCGAUGCACGCGAGGCGUCUGAUGUGUUCUACCGGCAGCGCAUUGGGGACGUCCUGCUGACCUACGAGAAUGAGGUCGUGCUCACCAACGAGGUUUACGGCAAACAGAAGGCGCUGCCCUAUGUGGUGCCCUCGCCCAACGUCCGCAUCGCCUGUCCCCUAGCGCUGGUGGACAAGGUGCUGGAUUCGAAGCCCGCAGCUGCACGACAGGCGGCUCACCAGUUUGCAAACUUCUGCUUCACUCCCCGAGCCCAGGUCGAGUUUGGCCGUGUUGGGUUUCGGCCCAACCCCCGGCUGUGCAAGGAGCAGCCUGAGCACCUGGCUGGCCGCGGGGGCGUACAGAUGUGGAACGUUGAGGAUGCUCUGGGCGGGUGGGCAGCGGCGCAGCGCAAGUUCUUUGACGCUGGACGCAUCCUGGACCGCAUCCAGUCAGAGGUCGGAGCGCGCCGGCUGGCCCGUGGCAAGGCCGGGGCUGUGGUGCGGCGACACGCUGCAGCGUGA